CCGCUCAGACUCUGCUCAGAACCGCACGAUGUCGUGUCGCUCCUACAGGAUCAGCCCAGGCUGCGGGGUCACCAGGAACUUCAGCUCCUGCUCAGCUGUGGCCCCCAGGACUGGCAACCGCUGCUGCAUCACGGCCGCCCCCUACCGAGGGGUGUCCUGCUACCGGGGGCUGACGGGCUUCAGCAGCCGCAGCCUCUGUAACCUGGGCUCCUGCGGGCCCCGCAUGGCUGUCGGGGGCUUCCGCGCCGGCUCCUGCGGCCGCAGCUUCGGCUACCGCUCCGGCGGCGUGUGCGGGCCCAGCCCCCCCUGCAUCACCACCGUGUCGGUCAACGAGAGCCUCCUCGCGCCCCUCAACCUGGAGAUCGACCCCAACGCGCAGUGCGUGAAGCACGAGGAGAAGGAGCAGAUCAAGUGCCUCAACAGCAGGUUCGCUGCCUUCAUCGACAAGGUGCGCUUCCUGGAGCAGCAGAACAAGCUACUGGAGACCAAGUGGCAGUUCUACCAGAACCAGCGCUGCUGUGAGAGCAACCUGGAGCCGCUGUUCAGUGGCUACAUCGAGACGCUGAGGCGGGAGGCCGAGUGCGUAGAGGCUGACAGUGGGAGGCUGUCCUCGGAGCUCAACCACGUGCAGGAGGUGCUGGAGGGCUACAAGAAGAAGUAUGAAGAGGAGGUGGCUCUGAGAGCCACGGCAGAGAACGAGUUCGUGGUUUUAAAGAAGGAUGUGGACUGUGCCUACCUGCGGAAAUCAGACCUGGAGGCCAACGUGGAGGCCCUGGUGGAGGAGUCUAGCUUCCUGAGGCGUCUGUAUGAAGAGGAGAUCCGUGUUCUCCAAGCCCACAUCUCAGACACCUCAGUUAUUGUCAAGAUGGACAACAGCCGGGACCUGAACAUGGACUGUGUCGUUGCCGAGAUCAAGGCUCAGUAUGACGAUGUCGCCAGCCGCAGUCGUGCCGAGGCUGAGUCCUGGUACCGCAGCAAGUGCGAGGAGAUGAAGGCCACGGUGAUCCGGCACGGAGAGACCCUGCGCCGCACCAAGGAGGAGAUCAAUGAGCUGAACCGCAUGAUCCAGAGGCUGACAGCCGAAAUUGAGAAUGCCAAGUGCCAGCGUGCCAAGCUGGAGGCUGCUGUGGCCGAGGCAGAGCAGCAGGGCGAGGCAGCCCUCAGUGAUGCCCGCUGCAAGCUGGCUGAGCUGGAGGGCGCCCUGCAGAAGGCCAAGCAGGACAUGGCCUGCCUGCUCAAGGAGUACCAGGAGGUGAUGAACUCCAAACUGGGUCUGGACAUCGAGAUCGCCACCUACAGGCGCCUGCUGGAGGGCGAGGAGCACAGGCUGUGUGAAGGUGUGGCCGCUGUGAAUGUCUGUGUCAGCAGCUCCCGCGGGGGAGUCUCUUGUGGGGGCCUCACGUACAGCACCACCCCAGGGCGCCAGAUUGCCACCGGUCCCCCCGCCACGGGAGGCAGCAUCACAGUGAUGGCCCCCGACUCCUGUGCCCCCUGCCAGCCCCGCUCCUCCAGCUUCAGCUGCGGCAGCAGCCGGUCUGUCCGCUUUGCAUAGAGUCUGGCGGGCCUCCUGCCAAGAGCCUGCCCCACCUGGUCGCCCUCGCACUGAAUGGUGUGUGAAUGGAAAAUGUGUGCUUGCUUCCAGAAUCUUCCGGAUGUUUCUACAGAGGGAAAGACCCUCGGGCCACUCUCCGUCACCUUUUGAUUUUAGGGAGUUGUUUCCUAGUUCUUCCCUGGGCUUCAUUUUAUAGAGUCAUUCCCAGUCCUUCACUUAAAUCCAACUUGCCUCCAAAAUACCUGUGGCCAAUUUGUACUAUUCACCAAGUUCCCUGGGGCACUCCCCGUCACCCAGAGUGGCUGGACAGCAUGGAAGCUUGGCCUUCCCCUGGGUCAAGGCAAGAUCCUAACCAUCCAGCCAGGCUCCCACCACCUGAGAAUCAAACAGAGAGGGGUCUCUCCAAGGCUGGGAAGGAUGGUCUCCACAGCAGGCACUUGCCUGUGUAUUCUGUUUUGCUUGUCUCUCUGACUGACUUCCUUCUUCUGGGUUAACCUGUUCUAGCCAGGCUCCUCAUGUGACCUCCCAGUCAAGAGGCCCAUUACGGUGGGGAAUCCUUUUGUCUACAGCCCCCCGGAUAAGGGACUUUGGACAAGCCUUGCUGUGCAGUGCGCCUUAAUACAUUUCAAAGUAAACUCCGUGGUUGCUCCAGAUCUCCCCUGCCCAGUGCAGGAGGGGACUGUCCAGUGCAGAGCCGGCAGGAUGGAGAAGUCAGGCCACUUCCCAGUCUCCGUCUUGUUAUGCCUGUCUGUGGGUGCCUUGCCUUCUGGGUUGUCUCAAUCUGUGUUUCAAUAAA